AUGUCGAAAUCAGCUCCAAUCUUCUCGGACGCCGACGCCAACACGACUGUCAUCAUCAGCAAGCGGGGUCCCGUUUCGAAGACGUUGAAGUCACAGGCGGCUAUUAAUGCAGCGUUGCGCUCGGGUGGUCCAGUGGAUACGCAGAAGAAAAUUAUGGCUGGAGGAAAUCGACAACACACUUCUAACAAGGACACGGCUCGUCUUGACGAAGAAACCGAGCAGCUUCAUCAUGAUCGAGUGUCUCUUUCGCUUGGAAAGGUGAUGCAGCAAGCUCGUGCUGUCAAGGAGUGGACCCAGAAAGAACUUGCUACUAAAGUUAACGAGAAGCCACAGGUUGUCGCUGAAUACGAAAACGGUAAGGCUGUUCCCAAUCAGCAAAUUCUGGCCAAGAUGGAGCGUGCGCUUGGAGUGAAGCUUCGUGGAAAGGACAUCGGAGAGCCACUUGGACCUGCCAAAAAA